GCGAAGCACAGAGGCUGCGCAUUCCUCUGUAGGCGCGGUGGACUCUCCCGAACUGCAGGUUGUUUCGUGUCGACUGAGGGGGGGGAAAGUGUUUUUAAACAAUGACGCUGUUUGUGCACUUCGGCGACAGUAGCUGCUAACUGUGGAGAGCAAAAGGGGAUUCAGAAAUGGACCGCGAAAAGCAAUCAGAGUCUGUGGCUGCUCGCUUUCAGGGAGUGUGACAGACUGAUUGGAGGUAAGGAGUUUCAUUUCAGUUUCUGGCCAUGGCGGGCUGCUGGCAGCUCUGCCGCCGCACCUGUUUGUGCUGUCUGUCCGAGGAGGAGAAGAGAUCCCUCGCUGUGGACAAAGAGAUCAAGAGGAUCCUCAAGCAGCAGAAGAAGCAGGAGAGAAGGGAGAUUAAAAUCCUCCUGCUGGGAACUGGGGAGAGUGGGAAAACCACCUUCAUCCGACAGAUGAGGAUCAUCCACGGACGAGGAUUCUCAGAGGAGGAGAGGAAAACGUUCGCUAAAUGCAUCUUCCAGAACAUCUUCACCGCCAUGAAGGCCAUGACAGGAGCCAUGACCACGCUCAGAAUCCCCUACUCCAACCCAGAGAACGAGAUCUACGCCAAAUGGCUGCAGGAUGUGAACACAGUGCAGAUCACCCAGCUAGAACGGGGCUACGUCGACGCAAUCCGGCGCCUCUGGGCAGACUCAGGCAUCCGAGUCUGCUACAGCCGCCGCUGCGAGUACCAGCUCCUGGACUCCACAGAGUACUACAUGAGCAAUCUGGACCGCAUCUCUGCACCUGACUACAUCCCCACAGAACAGGAUGUACUGCGAGUUCGGUUCCCCACUACGGGCAUCCAUGAUUACGCCUUCAACAUAAAGACCAUCACGCUAAGGAUUGUGGAUGUGGGCGGUCAGAAGUCAGAACGUCGGAAGUGGAUUCACUGUUUUGAAAACGUCACCUCCCUCAUCUUCCUGGCCUCCCUCAGCGAGUAUGACCAGGUCCUGGAGGAGAGAGAGACUAUUAACCGUAUGGAAGAGAGCCUUGCUCUGUUCUACACCACCAUCCAUUCCCCUUGGUUCCUCAACACCUCCAUCAUCCUCUUCCUCAACAAGACUGACAUCCUGGCUGACAAAGUCAAAACCUCUGACCUGCAGAAAUACUUCCCCAGCUUCACAGGUAAGAGGCAAGACCCGGAGGAUGCUAAAAACUACAUCUGCAAGUUGUACGAGCAGCAGGCCAUCAACCACGACAAGAGGGAGGAGCGGAAGACUCUUUACCCGCACUUCACAUGCGCCACCGACACCAACAACAUCCGCAGAGUCUUCAGUGACGUCAAGGACACAGUGCUGCUCAAGUCUCUCAGGGACUACGGAGUCAUCUGAACUUUACCCGGUAAUAAAAAACAGGAGGAAAACACCCAGACGGAGGGUGGAGGUUUUUCUCUGGACUAUUUACCUGUAUGAGUGAGGGCUCUGAUGAAGGUCAAUGUGUCACUCUUGGGAGGCACUAAAGAACUGUGUGACUUCUGAUCAGGCAGCGAGGAACCAGUAAUCACUCUCAUUUCUCUCAGCCAGAAGCAUUUUCCCCAUUUUGAUUUUUUAUUUUUUUGUAAGACGAAGAAGUGUUUGGUUCAUGCAGUGACUGAGCUGAUCCAUAAUUGAAGCAGGAGCUGAGAUGCUGUGAAGUGCUGUGAUGCCAUUAACGGAGUAAUGACUUUAACAAGUGAAGAUGGGGCCACACACGGGUACACCACUGUUAUCACACAAAUUUAAAUGCUGUAUUCGAAUGCAGCAGUUACAUUCAGGUGUCAUACAUGCUCGCACACGCUCAAACACAAACUGUACCAUGAAGUCAAUAUACAAGUUCCAUACUACUGCACUUUUUAUUAUUAGACAUCCUGAAUUAGGGGAUUUUCUCUUUGUGAUUAAUGUCACCAUGUCACCACAGCGUCUUCGAUCGUCUCACAAACACUCCUGUCAGCAAUGCCAAUAUACCUAUUGAUUACCGUUAUCUCACACCGGCAAUAUUUCUUACAUAUUAUCUGUAUCCAACACAUCUGUUUCGGCACUGUGUCUGUUAAUUGUCAUAUGCAGAAAGACUGUGUGACUGCCAUUUAUUGAUGUCUUAACACAAUUCCAUAACAACACUACUGCAUGUAAUAACAUCCUUAGAUUCACCUACAGUUUUUCAUAAUUACUGUGAAAGUUCACACCCAGUCACCGGCUCUGUCUGUGUUAAAUGGUUUAUAAUUGCAACUCCCCUUCUUACUGUACAUGUAGAUUGAAUACACACUGUUAAAACAGAGAAGAAAACAACAGGAGAAUGAAUUGAUAUUGGAUUUUCAUUUAUUUAACUGCAACAUAAAGCAUCUAAACAUUGGGUAAAAGGGCAGUCAUGAUGUUUUUGUAGCAGGGUGAAAGGGUUUCCCAUUCUUCCGUUCAACAAUCAGAAUCUUUACCAGCUCCACAGGUGCUUUUUUGUUUCUCUACAGGCUUAAACAAAACCUUUAAUGGAUGUACACAGUAAAGGGCAAAAUCUUUGACCAUCAGAUCCGUUAACAGUCUCCAAGUCGUUCAUCACUGUUGUAAGGAAAGUAAGAACAUGAAAAAGGAGAUUUGGAUGGUUUAGGUCCACAAUGUUGGGGGGGGGGGGGGAUUAUUUAAAGCAGCUAUAGUCAAUAUUCUUAUAUUAACAAUGGAUGAUAUCACUACUUGUAUGUGAAAGGUGUCGCUCAUCAUGACAAAUCUACCGAGAAUUAUCACCCAACUCUCUCAGCUCUACUGAGAUUUAGUGUCUUUCAGCUCAGUUUUGUUUGUCUGGUUCUGCAACUUUAAUGUUUUGGUUAUUGCUAUCACUGCUAUCACUGCUAUCAUGAAUGUAGUUUCCAGAUGUAAGAGGCAGCUGUUUUGAGCGAAAAAGCUCUGAAUAAACCCACUGUACACUACUGUACCUGCCAGCACAAAAAGGCAGACAGACAUAGUUAGCGACUAGCUAGCAUUUCGCAGCUAAAGACCCAAAUAUUUCCCUCAGGACCUGGUGUAGAUCAAAGAGUGCUUUAAGUGCUUCUAUGUCUAAUUUUCAGUGUGUCAGAAAUACAAUUUGUCAUAGCUUCUGAAAUGUGCUAGUUUUAUUCUUUUCAGCAGUCAGUUUUCACAACUUGCAGCUUUCUAAGAGUGCAACUUUAAGUUGUCAGAUUGCUCAUUUUAAAACUUUUCACUGAACCUUUGAGCCGAGUAUCAGACAUGUGGCUCAGAUGAUUCUGCACCAGUAUCUUCAUCUGUCUCUAUUCAGUAUGUCAUGUCAGCUCAAUACACAAUUAAUACACUUCAUUAAAAUCAAUACUAUAAUUUUGAGCACAAAUCACAGUUGGGUACUUUAAAAGGUCAUGAAGGAAGUAAGUCUUGUUUAUCUUGUGAGAAAACAGCUCGAUUCACAGUGAGAGUUCAAUCAACAAUGUUGGAAAUGGGGGGGAUAAAUCCAACAGGCAAUCUGCUGGUUAAAGGGUAAAGAAUAUUAAUACGAGGUGGAAGCGUGAGCUCAAUCUGUGUGUCCUAUUUAUAUCAAGUGUGUGGAGAGGGGAAUUUUAUAAUAUUGAUCAGAAGUGUGAGUUCUACCCCCCGCUCGCAUCAUUGAGUGUUGAGUGUGUGUUGAGUGGAAAAUGACAUUGAAAUUCAUUAAAUGAACUGACCUUGAUGGGGAGCUAAUAUCAGCUCACAAUGUGUCUGUUAUGUGGUUUCGGCUGCUGUUUUGUUAAUUGUAUAUAAAGUGUUUUGAUCUCUACACUGCUUCUAUUUUCAUUCAGAUGUGGUAGCUAUACUGUAUUGUUGAAUCUUAUGCCUUCAAACACAAGUGUAUCAUUUUACAAGCCUGAAUAUUUCUGAUGACUACUAUACUUUUGGAUUGAUUUUGCUGUAUUUUUAAAAAAUAUUGUUUACCAACAGCACAUAAACUGUGACUAGAGAGUGUGUUUGCUAGUGAGCUACUUUACGGCACUUGGGAGAGCUCCUCUCAUAUGGUGACAGUGAAUUAUUUGGUGUUGACCUGGGUGGAGGAUGUUUUUUUCUAGUUAAUAUUAAAAACAAA